UAUAACACUUGGUUAUCUCCCUGUCUCCAGUUCCUUACUACUUAGGAGAGAAGAACCAGAAGAAACACAAACAGAACCAAAACCGUUUACCCUUCGUUUUGGUGCCAAACCCUAACAAUGGCAACCUCCAUAGCUUCGCAACUAGAAGCCAUCAGAUCCUUCGCAAAAACCGACUCUGAGCCUCUGAAGAGGCCAUUCACUCGCCCUUCUAUCUUGUUCGAUCCCAAAGAAGCUGCCGACAUCGAUAUUGAAACUAUUUUCACCAUCGCACUUCAAGGUUUAGAGGUUCUUAUAGACACGGAUGAGCGGUUCAGGAACUAUAAGAACGAUUUGUUUAGCCACAGGAGUAAAGAGUUGGAUAGAGAGUUGAUGGGCAUAGAACAGAACAGUCAACUUAAUGUCUCCAUUGCUUCAUACUUAAGAUUACUUUCUGGAUACUUUCUUCUUCCUUCUGCUCUUAAAACGCUUGAAUACUUGAUACGUAGACACAAGGUUCAUGUAUACAACAAUGAGGAAUUGAUUCUGUGUGCUUUGCCGUACCAUGACACACAUGCAUUUGUUCGAAUAGUUCAGAUACUUGAUACAAGGAAUGCUAAAUGGGGGUUUCUCGAUGGUGUGAAAGUCUCUGGUGCACCGCCACCUAGAAUGGUCAUAGUGCAGCAGUGCAUACGUGAUAAGGGCAUAUUAGAGGUUCUAUGCAACUAUGCAUCUCCAUCGAAAAAGUUUCAACCUUCAAGGCAUGUAAUUGGCUUUUGUACUGCAGUUUUUGUUGAAGUUUUGGGUACUGUUUUGACCGUUAAUGAUGAUCUUGUAAAGAGAAUACUUCCAUUUGUGGUCUCUGGUCUUCAGCCUGGCAUUAAAGGGGUUUCGGAUCACAAGGCCGGUUCUUUGAUGAUUAUUGGUUUGCUUGGAAACAAAGCUGCAUUAGCUCCUAAACUUUUGAAUAGUUUGAUACGUUCAGUUGCUGAUGUUGCUCGUGGGGAGGCUAAAGAGUUGACUGAUCUCCAUUGGCUUCGGCUGUCCCUUAUUACCUUAAUCAAUCUUGUUCAGUCACAAAAUGUUGAAAUACUCCCAACUAAGGUGUUGGAGAUUUUAAAGGAAAUAAGGGACUUGGCAGGAAUUUUAUUAGCAUUGUCUAAGGAGUUCAAUAUUGUAAAGUUUAUCGAUGUGCUUUUGGAAUCCCUGAUUGACUGCAGUUCUUCUGAUGAAUACUGUCAGCGAACUUUGCUAUCCUUGAUAGAAAAAGUCCCCAUAAAGCGUUCUGUUUAUCAUGUGGUCACCAAGAUCCUUUUAGCUUGUGUGAAAUCAUCGCAUAAAGUUUGUGACUCGACUUCUUCCAUGUCAGUUGGUUGGGCAAAAAAGGUCUUGAUUGUUGUCAAUACAAAGUACCCUUCUGAACUACGUGGAGCAGUUCAUCAUUUCCUUCAGGAUAACAAAACAUCUUCUAAGAAAGAUGAUUCAUUAUAUAAGAUUUUAUGUAAGAUGUUGGAUGGGAAUUCAGAUUCAUCACUUGAGAUCUCAGAUUCAAAAGUUUGGUUUGGCUUGUAUCAUCCAAAGGCUGAUGUUCGACGUUCUACGCUGCUUGAUAUAAAUUCUUCUGGCAUCCUGAAAACCAAGGUGGUUGGUUCAGAGGGUCUGUUAGACAUCCAUGAGGCCAUAUUGAGACAGCUUGAUGAUAGAGAUCUGACAGUUGUUCAAGCAGCUUUACAAGUUGAUGGCCUGUCAAAUGUAAUAGAUUCUUCCAAGCUUCUUGAUGCACUGCAGAGUGUGCUAAGAAGAUGCACUGACGAACUGCUGUCAGGUUCAGCUGAUAAUAUUAGUCUAAUCGGUGAAGUUGCUGUUGCUUGUCUGAAGACUGCCAUCUCAUACUUCAAUGAUCGUACUGAUUACUUGAAGAGCAUUGCUGCGAUGAUUUUUCCAUUUCUCUUUAUUCUACCACAGACACAGAGCUUGAAUUUAAAGGCUUUGGAACUGGUCAGCAAAAUAAACUGGCCACUUUAUCAGAAUAUCACUGCAUCUUCCUCUGGAGAAGCGACAUCGAUACCUGGGAGUUUAUCUUCAAUUAACUUGAAGACUAUCAAUAACAUGGCUAACAAUUUCAUGGUCCACCCUGAAGAUCAUAUUGCUUGGUUUGUUGAAAGCUGCUGCAAUUUGGAGUUGUCAAAGACACUCUUCUUUUUUGUUCUUCUGCAGUCUCUUAUGAUAAACCCAAAAGGUGGUGAUAUUUCUGCAUUAUUUGAAAGUGUAUUUCCUAUUCUAAAGGCUGAGUGGGAAACUUUAGUGACUGCUGGUGAUGUUUUAUUGAAUGAGUUAAAUUCUGAAGUGUUAGACUGGGAUUGUAGUGCAUUCUUUGAUCAUCUUUUGUAUGCCAAUCUCAGACCUCUAAAUGCAAAGGUUAUGAUUUGCAUAUUUUGGAGGCUACUAACAGCACUAAUAUCCGCAGUGCCUUCUAACAUUCUGCUGCAUGAUGAUGAUAAGUGGGUCAGCAAGAUAAGGGAUCUGUUUGUAUUUUUUGCCUCCUCACAAGUCAAGCACGCAUUCCGUGAACACCUCCAUUACUUAGCAGCACAGUGCAGAGUCUCGCCUCCCCGCCUAUUAUCUAAGUUUUUCACAGAGGAAGGUGUUCCUGCUGCAGUUCAGGUUGAAAGUCUUCAGUGUUAUGCAUUUCUUUGUAGCCUGUCACAAGAUAGAUGGCAAAUUGAACUUUUAGCUGAAUUUCCUUCUGUUCUUGUUCCAUUGGCUAGUGAUAAUCAGACCAUUAGAGUUGCUGCCAUGAACUGUAUUGAUCCAUUACGUGCAUUGUGGAGUCAUAUUGAACGUUCUGGCGAAAAAAAUGGGAGCAAUGCAACAUGGAUCCAUUUCGUGGGUGAGCUUUUAUGGUUGAUGGACCAGCAAAAAACACUCAUUUUGUCAGACAAGAAAUUUCUUCCUUCACUGUUUGCUUCUACUUUGAGCUCAUCCUGUCAAAACAUCUUAGUGCCUCAAAAUAUAGAAAAUAGGUUUGACCAGCCCACAAAAAUAAAAAUUCUUGGCUUUAUUUUGGGUUCUGCUCUUAAAUUAUCUAACUUCGGGAAGCUAAUGAUUUUAUCCUUGCUCAAAGGAAUUGGGAAUUCCCUUUUGCGUGUUCCAGAAGUUGGGCCAGUGUUGUCUUCUUUUAUGGAGCAAUACUAUGAUGAACUAAAUAAGUCUUGUCCAAAAUUGUCAAACAUUGAAACUAAGAUAAUGUGCCUGUUACUGGAGAGCUGUGUUAUGUCAUCUCCCUCUGGUGGAAAUGAUCUUCAACAUCUUUUACUGAAAGUUUUGCAGUUGGAUGCUAUGAGUUCAGAUGACCCUGCCUAUGUAGAGCCUUGUAUCACAGUAUUGAACAAAGUUAACAAUCAAUUCUAUAUGGGGUUGAAGAAUGAAGUAAAGGAACAUUUAUUUUGUGAGCUUGUAUUUUUGUGCCGUAAUGCUAACGGUGAUGUACAGUGUGCAACUAAAGAGGCCUUAAUGCGCAUAGAUAUUAGUUUCUCAGCUGUUGGCCACAUGCUUGAUCUCAUACUUGCACAGAGAAGUCAUAUAAUUAGUUCUGUAGAUAAAAAGAUGACAAAGAAACAAAAAUUGACAGUACAUCAAGAAGCAGAAUUUCCCACUAAUGACAUAUGCAGAAAAGAUAAUCCAAUAUACAUCCUCAGUUCCCUUCUUGAUGUUUUCCUAUUGAAGAAAGAUGUAACAAACAGGCACUUGCUCUUAGAUCCCUUAUUUAAGCUUCUUAGCAAGGUAUUUUCAGAAGAAUGGGUGAAUGGUACCUUUUCCCUGGAGAGAGAGUUCAGCCAAAUUUCAUCAAGUCCUUCUGAAGCCAACAAUCCCAUAGUAUAUCAUAUACAACAGACUCUAUUGAUAAUCUUGGAGGAUAUGAUUAUGUCCAUUAAAAAGAUGGCUGCACUAAAUGAAAAAAUGACCAAAGAAAUUAACGUUAAGCUAUUGAUUGAGUGUGCCCGGACUUCCAAUGUUGUAGCUACCCGCAACCAUGUAUUUUCAGUGCUUUCUGCUGUUACUAGAGUCUUUCCAGGAGAAGUUUUGGAGCAUAUACUUGAUAUUCUUGCAGUUAUUGGAGAAGCAGCUGUCUCACAGAUUGACAGUCAUUCAAAGCAUGUUUUUGAGGAUCUUAUAUCUGCAAUUGUUCCCUGUUGGCUAUCUAAGACUGAUGAUGUGGAGAAAUUACUGAAGAUUUUCAUGGAUAUAUUGCCUGAAAUUGUUGAGCACCGAAGGCUGUCAAUUGUUUUAUAUCUAUUAAGAACUCUGGGUGAGGAUAGAAGCCUGGCCUCAUUGCUUAUCCUACUUUUCCGUUCAUUGGCUUCAAAGAAAGCCUCCUGUUUCCUUAGUAUUGAGACUCCAGAUGCUUUAACACUUUAUACCAAUGAGUGGGAAUACAAAUUUGCACAGCAAAUUUGUGAACAGUAUACAAGUAUGAUUUGGCUUCCUUCUUUAGUUAUGGUGCUUGAACAGAAGAGCAAUAGUAAAGUUGACCAAGCAUUGUUUCUGGAAUUGUUUAUUGCAAUGCAAUUUGCUUUGCAAAAAUUCCAAGAUCCAGAAUUUGUGUUCAAGUUGGAAUCUGGAGAAGAUACAGCUUCCAUUCAGAGGGCACUGGGAGAGCUUAUGGAGCAGCUUGUUUUCCUCUUGCAACUUGUAGAUGCAAGAAAAAAGCAGCUAAAUUUCCCUGUCAUUAUGAGGAAAGAGUUGAAGGAAACUAUGCGUGCAGUUGUAAGGAAUCUGGCAACAGUCAUGUUACCUUCUGUAUACUUUAAGAGCAUAACUAAAUUGCUCCACCAUGCUGAUAAAAGUGUUGGAAAAAAGGCUCUCGGGCUGUUAUGCGAGGCUGUGAGAAAUCAUAAAAAUGUCAGUGUAAAGCUUAAAGAUAGCAAAGGUUCAAGGUCAACUCCAAGUUUUCUAUUGCUCCAUAUGAAUGAAAGUGCUCAAAAAUCACUCCAUAAAAUGUGUACUGAAAUUAUUCGAGUAUUUGAUGAUGCAUCAAAUACCUCCUUGAAAGUGGCAGCAGUUUCAGCAGUAGAAGUUCUGGCUGAAAGGUUCCCUUCAAACAAUUCCAUCUUUAGUGCAUGCCUUGGAUCUGUUACAAGAUAUAUUACAUCUGAUAACUUGGCAGUGGCUUCUAGCUGCCUUAGAACAACUGCUGCCUUGAUCAAUGUUCUUGGUCCAAAAGCACUGGCAGAACUUCCUAAGAUUAUGGACAAUGUGAUGAAGUCAUCUCGUCAAAUAUUGUCUAAUCUGGACAUGAAACUCAAAACUGAUGAUGUUUUAACAGCCUCAAAUGAAUCCCUUUUUUUUUCUGUUCUUGUCACUUUGGAGGCAGUUGUGUACAAGCUUGGUGGAUUUUUAAAUCCAUAUCUCAAAAAUAUCAUGGAGCUUCUGGUGCUUUAUCCUGAAUAUGUUUCAGGAAUGGAUGCAAAGUUGGAAUCUAGAGCUCAUGGAGUACGGAAGCUUAUUGCUGAAAAAAUUCCUGUCCGACUUUCCUUGCCACCUUUGUUAAAAUUAUACCCAGCUGCUAUUGAGGCUGGGGAUAAAAGCUUAACAAUUGUAUUUGAUAUGUUGGCCACCAUAAUUGGUACAAUGGACAGGUCAUCUAUUGUGGCAUUCCAUGGAAAAAUUUUUGACCUUUGUAUGGUUGCUCUUGAUCUGCGCAAUCAAAGUCCUCCUUCAAUUCAAAACAUUGAUGCAGUAGAAAAAGAUGUGAUGAACGCAAUGGUUGCUCUGACCCUAAAACUUACUGAGAGUUUGUUCAAGCCUCUUUUCAUAAAAACUAUUGAGUGGGCAGAAUCUGAAGUGGAUGAAACUGCAUCUGCCGGAAGCUUUGAUAGGGCCAUAUCUUUCUAUGUCCUGGUAAAUAAGCUUGCAGAGAACCAUCGGUCAUUGUUUGUACCUUAUUUCAAACACUUGCUUGGUAGUUGUGUUCAUCAUCUUAGUGAUGGUGGAGAUGUGAAAGUGUCUAGUUUGAGUCGGAAGAAAAAGAAGGCCAGGACACUGGAUGAUGGCAAUAUCCAAGAAAUGGGCAGUGUGUCUUUCAAAGGCUGGCAUCUCAGGGCACUAGUCUUGUCAUCCUUGCACAAGUGUUUCCUCUAUGACACUGGGACUUUGAAGUUUCUUGAUUCACCUAAUUUCCAGAUGUUGUUGAGACCUAUUGUUUCACAACUUGUUGUAGAUCCACCAGCUUUACUGGAUGACAGCAUGGAUAUGCCAAGUGUGAAGGAAGUUGAUGACCUACUGGUUGUAUGCAUCGGUCAAAUGGCAGUGACUGCUGGAUCUGACCUUUUGUGGAAAUCUUUGAACCAUGAGGUGUUAAUGCAGACACGGAGUGAAAAGAUGCGAGCUAGAAUAUUGGGCCUAAGAAUUGUUAAAUAUUUUGUGGAGAACUUGAAAGAAGAAUAUCUAGUAUUCCUGCCUGAAACUAUCCCAUUCCUUGGUGAACUGCUUGAGGAUGUGGAGCUUUCAGUUAAAUCUCUUGCUCAGGAAAUUCUGCAGGAAAUGGAGUCUCUGAGUGGGGAAAACCUUCGGCAAUACCUAUGAUGUUGGUUAUUAGGACGGCAGUAUUUAUAACCAUGUGAUAUCAGCAAAGAGCUAGGAAUGUGUAAUCAAUAUGUUUUCUAAGGUCCGUUCUUGGAAUUGAUAAAUACGAUCCAUAGGCCAGUGUAAAUUAUGGUUAAUUAAGGAAAAAUAGCAUUUAUUUAUUCUGAUAAAGGUUAAAGUGUAACCUUUUUUUGCUAAUAUUAAAGUGUAACUUUUAACCAGUAAUUCUUUUCUCACAAACAUUGAAAGCAUAGAUGCUUUUAAAAAGUUGUAUUUAUUUAUAACAGAGAGAUGUUAAAUUGAUUUAUUUUGAAACUAUAUAUAUAUAUAUAUAUAUCUUGC